GCCACAGCCCGCCUUUUCCCCUUGGCCUCUGCGGGGCCGUGAGGGGAUAUGGCUACCUUGGUGGUGCUCUUCUCUCCGCUGCCGCGGCUGCGCGGCCUCCUACAGCGCUGCUGGGGGCGGCUGGAGCAUGGCCUCCUGCCGGGUGUUUCUGGGGGCCACAGCUCGCCAUGGGGACCAGCACUGGCUGUUCAAGCUCCAGCCCUUCUUCCACAGCCAGUAAAUGACACUAGUGAAAGUCAUGAGGCACCAAGCUUGUUGGACAGCAUCUUGUGGAUGGCAGCGCCAAAGAAAAGGCGAACCAUUGAAGUGAACCGCUGCAGGAGAAGAAAUCCCACUAAGCUUAUAAAAGUUAAGAGGAACAUAGAUGUUUGCCCUGAGUGUGGAAAUUUGAAACAGAAACACGUCCUUUGUGGCUAUUGUUAUGCAAAGGUUAAAGCAGAAACUCGACUGAUACGGAUGGAAAUAGGUAAAAAGGAAGGAGGACCGUUUAAUGCUCCAACUGUAGAGACUGUCGUGCUUUAUGAUGGAGAAAAGCCCACAGAAAAAGAUGAAGGCAAGCGGAUCAUUGAAAGACCCAGGAAGCGUCCAUCUUGGUUUGUUCAAAAUUGAUGCUGUAGAAUUAACACUAACAAAGGCAGUUGCUACUGUAAGAAAGAUCAUGAUCUUCAAGAAUGUUUUCCAUGUUUUGUUCACUCAAUCUUGGUACAGAAAACCCAGGAACUUUUGGGAGGCCUGUUUGAACUGCAUGUAAUGCCAUAUGAUUUUGCAGUCAGAUGUUGUUUCUAUAGCAUGCAGUGGGAAAUGCUCCUCAGUGAGACAUAAUAUCAGUCAACAAUUAAAGAGAAAUCAGGGACUGCCUUGGAUUUGGACAUCUGCAUAGAGUACACUGAACAAUUUGUAUGCUAAUGUUCUAUGCUGGUUUUGUAAGUAACCUUUUUUAAUAAAGGGAAAACAUUCACAGAUGUGAAAUAAAAUAUAUUAAGUUUCUUAGGGAAAUUUGCUU